AUGGAUGGAUUCGACGAGGAUGCCUUCAAGAAAUUCUUUCCCUCUGGAUUUGGGAAGCAACAGAAAUCCGUCGACGUAGAGUCGCAAAUAAACCGAUCCAAACGAGCUGAGAUUGUGGCCUCAAACCCGCUCUCUGACCCCCAAUCUGUCGAGUCAAGCACCCCCAUCGAAUCGGCCGCAAGCGAGAAGCGACCACAAGAGCGCCGACAAAGCGACGACGAUGAUGAUUCGGAUGACGAUGACAGUGAUGAUGAUGACGAGGAUGAAUUUCCUGUCUCUCAUGAACUUGUGCUGAAGACACAUGAGCGUGCUGUGACAACCAUGACCGUUGAUCCGUCUGGAGCACGACUCAUCACAGGAUCGACCGAUUGUACCCUGAAAUUUCAUGACUUUGCCUCCAUGACACCGUCAACCAUUCGCGCUUUCAAGUCUGUCGACCCGUCUGCAAAAAAACAAUCCGCGGCUCAGGAUACCCAUGCGGUCAACUACGUUGGGUUCAAUCCGCUGUCUCCUAGCCAUGUGCUUGUCGUUUCUGCCACAGCCCAGCCCCGAAUCCUGAGCCGAGACGGCGAAACUGUGACGGAGUUUGCGAAGGGUGACAUGUAUCUCCGGGAUUCGCACAAUACGAAAGGUCACACAUCUGAGGUUUUCAGCGGUGCUUGGUGUCCGACGGACGAAAACAUAUGUGCCACCGCUGGAUCCGACAGUACAGUACGAAUCUGGGAUAUCAAUGUUGGACGAUCUCAGAAAGAGGUCAUUGUGCAUAAAUCAAGGGCUGCUGGGUCUGCAGGACGGACCAAAGUUACUGCUGUGGCCUGGGGAUCACCCAAGCAGGGAGGAUCCAACAUCUUGGUGGCAGCAGCCUUGGACGGAAGCUUGGUAAUGUGGGGGGGUAAUGGGCCGUUCACUAGACCCAGCGGUGAAGUUCGAGAGGCACAUACCCGCGAUACCUGGACGAGCGGCGUCGAUGUGAGCGCUGAUGGGCAUCUUGUCGUCAGCAGAGGAGGCGACGAUACAAUCAAGCUAUGGGAUACCCGAAAAUUCAAAUCUCCAGUUACAACCGUCACUCAUCCGUCCACCUCCUUCCGUUAUCCCACUUCAAAUAUCCAGUUCUCGCCCAACUCGGCAAACAUCAUUGUCGGCUCCGAGACAGGCCAUCUGCAUAUUCUCAACCCCGGUACCUUGAAGCCAGAGCUGGUGACGCCGGUCACCCCAGGAUCACCACUGAUCACUGUCAUGUGGCACGAGAAACUCAAUCAGAUCCUGACUGGCUCGGCAAAUGCUGAAACGCAUGUGCUAUACAACCCUACCAUUUCGGCGAAGGGGGCGGCUCUCGUGAUGUCCAAAGCCCCGAAGCGUCGCCAUGUGGAUGACAAUCCUUCUCUGACAACGGAUCUAUCCAGCGGACUGGCUGGAGACUCUGUGGUAGUUAGCUCCAGCGGCGUACCACAUUACAGCUCUGCCACAUUUGCUGCCCGUCAUCCGACAGUUGGUCUGACGGCAUCUGGUCGCUCAAGGGAUCCCCGUCGUCCUCAUCUGCCGCAGGUCACUCCUUUUGCAAAGUCACAGCCGGAUGAGAAGCAUAUCCGUGACAACAUUCCGCUCAGUUCAAUGCGUGACGAGGACCCUCGAGAGGCACUGUUGAAAUACGCCGAGAAGGCUCAAAAAGACCCCAUCUUUACACACGUGUACAAAGAGACGCAGCCCCAUGCGAUCUAUGCAGAGUUGAGCGACGAAGAAGAGCCUGGCCCGGAGAAGAAGAAGACACGGCGAUGA